AAACCCAUUAUAUAACCCCCGGCGUCAAUAUUUAAUCCCAAUCAGUCUUCGAAUCUUCAACUAAUCUCUCCCCCUCUCUCUAUUUUAUCCACUUAACAUUAUAUGAAAUCCGAGCACAAAUCCCUAUGCGCCGUCACUCACGGUGACGGCGACUUCUGCAAAACUAUCCACGUCAUCCAGACUUUCUCGCCCCCAAUUAAGCCCUCUCUCCCCGCCGCCGCCGCCAACUCCGACUCCGAUGACGAGCUUCUCAAUCCGCCGCUCAACUUCGCAAUGGUUGAUAACGGAAUUUACCGCUCCGGUUUUCCCGAUCCCACUAAUUUCCCGUUUUUGCAAACCCUAGGCCUUCGUUCCAUUAUAUAUUUGUGUCCUGAGCCGUAUCCCGCAGCGAAUGUCGAGUUUUUGAAGUCGAAUGGCAUUCAAUUGUUUCAGUUUGGGAUCGAAGGCACUAAGGAGCCAUUUGUUAAUAUUCCAGAGGAUGCAAUUCGUGAAGCUCUGACAGUUGUGCUUGAUAUUAGGAAUCACCCAUUAUUGAUUCAUUGUAAACGAGGCAAGCACCGAACAGGUUGUGUUGUCGGAUGCUUGAGGAAAGUGCAGCGAUGGUGCCUGACUUCUGUCUUCGAUGAAUAUCAGCGCUUUGCAGCUGCCAAAGCUAGAGUUUCUGAUCAGAGGUUCAUGGAACUUUUUGAUGUUUCUGCAUUUAAGCAUCUACCUAUCACAUGCUCAUUUUUGAAGAGUUGUGAAGGAAGGACACAUUCUUUCCCAUCAGAGGACAAAUAGCAGUUUUGUCUUGGUUUUUCAGGGUCUCUAGUCUUUACGGAGAAUCGAUUAUCGUAGUGUUGUGCAAUAACUCUGGAUGUCCAGUUUUGUAUUUUUCAUUCCGCCUGUUAGGAAGAUCAUAGCGAAUAAGUUUCUUUCCCCCAUUUGCCGAUUCUACCUGACGCAUGGUUGUCAGAAUUUAGAAAGUCAACACAGAGAAUGUAUCAAAGUUGAUACGAGAUUUUGAAAGCAUAUUUUAGUUAGUAUAGUACAGUCAAUAAUUAGGCUCGUUCUUUAUAGAUAACCAAAUUCGAGUCAUUUAUACAAAGGAGAAUAUGCAGUUUAGAACA